GUGUUUAAAUAAUCUCUAAUAAUGCGUAUGUAUCAUAAUGAAUAUUGUAUAAACGUAUUUUAUAAUUAUCUUUAUAUGCAUGAUUCGUUUUCAUCCAACCUAACUUGAAACUAUAGACAUGGCACCCACUCCUUGAUCUUUCCUUCAAACUUAAAUCUUCAUUUUUCCACAAAAAGAUUAUAUAAAUAAGACAAAAACUAGCUUUAUGUUUCUUAACUUCUCAGCCUUCUUUCACUUUUUAGAUUAAAAAUGAGUAUAGCCGGCGGUGGAAAGUGGCGCAGAGAGGCUGAGCAGCUGCUCGUUAAACCUUUCCGGCUACUGACAACAACUCUCCUCAGCCUCCUCCUCCCUCUCUCUUUCCUUCUCCUUAGCCGUCUCUCUUCAGCUUCCUUCCUCUUCUCCUUGAUCAAGUCUCCUCCCCAAACGGAUUCAUCUUUCUUCUUCUCUAUCUUUCAUUACACGAACCCGGCGAUCACAUAUGCAUUUGUUUCUUUAAUAAGCGUUUACACUCUAGUUCUUGGUCUGACCACCAAGAUCACAUCAACAGAUCCCAACCGGUCCAUUCCCUUCUAUCCACACGUCAGCAUCGCGUGGCUGACGCUUUUCCUUGUUCAAAUCUCCGUCGGUUUAGGCCUCGAAGGAACGUACCCCGACGGUUUAAUAAUCGGGAGCGAACGUAACUUCUUGAGCAGGCUAGUGUUUUUCUUUGGUCUUCAUGAGGUAAUGCUUCUGUGGUGUAGGGUGAUCGUGAGACCGGUGGUGGACAGCACGUUGAUGGGAGGAGACGCUGGUCAUCACCGGAGAGAAGAGACGGUGGUGGAGAGGGUUGCUUUGGCCGUGAGCUGUGGGACGUUGUGGUGGUGGAAGCUUCGGGAUGAAGUAGAGGCUUUGGUUGGUGUGGCUGAGGCUAAAAGAGCAUUGUUGCUGUUAUUACCAAUCAAUGGUAAUAAUGGUAACGUUAGUUUUGAAGUGGGAACGGUUGAUUUUGUGAAUUGGUGGUUAUACUAUAUGGUUGUAACGAUCGGUAUGGUUAGGAUCGUUAAAGGGUCUUUAUGGUUUGGAAUGAUAUUGCUUUUCGAACAAGGAAGUAGAAGAAGUCCACGUGGAGUUUCUACUGUUGCUACAGCUUCUGUUCAUUAUGACAAUGAAGGUGAUACUAAAGUGUAAAGUAACCAUUUGUUAUAAAGUCACUAAUGGAAUGCAUUUUUUUGGUUCAAGUUGAUAUUUGCAAUGGGAAAGAUGUUAACGAUU